AUGCUCAUCGAUGGCCCUCUGGCCCACUACCUCACCCCCAUGGACGGGGACGAUGGAGACCCCUUGCUGCCCCAUGGUGAGGUCUCCCCCACUUCCCCACUCCCAAACCCCAUGCUAGCAGGUGGACCAAGGAAGGAUCCAGAGGAGACAACGAGGACGAGGCUUUCGGAGGGCGCCCCCAUCCACCUCUACCCCUCAGCCCACCCUCCUCCAGGAACAUCCCCCCCACGCCCCCACCCCGGCAGGCAUUCUCAUGUGAUAGGCCGGGCAGCCAAGGCCAAGGCUUUCUUAGAGGAGCCCUGCUCCCCCACCCCAGACACCCAGCCCCUACCUCCCCCCCCACCAGGUCCACCCCCUCCCACAGCAGUACACAUCUCCGAGGUGUCGGGUCGAACCUCUUACUCCCACUCCACGCUCUCCACACCUCUGAUCCGCCACCCCUCCCAUCACCUCCCCCGGGCUGGUGGAAGCAACCCACAGGGACCAUGCCCAUCGGCACAAAGGGUUGAGGGAGUCCCACCCACCCUCGGGCUGCCCCUCCCCUCCUCUAAACCCCCCCGAGGUGGCAGCAGCCGCGUACGUCAUGCCGACGAGAGGAGGGAUGUGCCAAUGGCAGACGCUACCGAAUCCUCUUCCCAUACCUCCCACCCCGUUUGGGCCGGCGGCCCCUUUCCGCAACCCAUGGACUUUGGGGAGAGCCAAGGGGGCUCUCGAGAGCAGGGACCAUACCCGAGCUCUGCUCAGCCAGCACGCCCCACCCCACCCCCUACCCUGCCGGACCUUCUUCCCUUACCAGCAGGCAAGCAGGUUACCGAGACCCCACAGGAGCUAGGCUCGUCACUCCCGUGCCCGAUGGAGACGGUCCUGGUUCUGAGGCCGUGUCACUCGCACCCAGAUGUGGUGGCGCCUCCCCCUGUUCAGCCUGUCACUGACGCAGUUCCCGUGGCGCAGGAGGGCCAGCGGAGGCCGCGGGCCCAGGGUGCCGCGCCUCCGGGUUCGGGCUUGGGGGUGGGGCAGGGGCGGGAGGUGCAGAGAGCGGACAGAGCGGAGGAGAACGUGCAGCUGAGACGGAUGACCCACACACAGAUUGGAGUGGCAGCAGCUAGGCGGGUGCAGGAGAAGCUGCGUCACUGGGGGCCGCACUUAGAGGGGUUGCAGCCGGCACCACACUUUUACGCGUGCGUGGCUGAGACCUUUGGCCUUUUGAGCGAGCCGCUGCGUCAGUUUCAGUGGCUCUGCGCAAAGAGGAUAGCACAGCGGAGGAGGGAUAGGGGAGGGCGGGAUGACGGAUCGGCACGGAUAUUUGAGGCAGGACUCACGGCGCAGGCUCAAUGCAUCAUCCAGCAUGCAGUGCGGCAGUUGGGGGGAUCCGACGACGGCCUCUCCCCUCCCAGCCUCUUCCUCCUCCCCGCCCUGCCCCUCAUUUUCCGUUCCCCCACGCCCGGUUUCUCCCCUCCCUGCACCUCCCUUUCUUUCUCCGUGCCUCUCCCUUGUUCCCUCCUUGUCCCUGGCCGCCCAUGCCCCUGUCCUUGGUUUCUCCCCUCCCUGCCCCACGAUUCUUCCCUCCCUGACCUCACCUUGUACCCUCUCUGCCCCUCCUUUGUUUUCCCCGCACCCAUCGCUUCUCCCCUCCCUGCCCUUGAUUUCCAGCACCCCUGCCCUUGUUUCCUGCCAUCCACGCCCCCCCGUUUCCGCUCUUUGUACGUUCAGCCUCUUCCCUCCCUGCCCCUCCCUUCCUCCCCCCCUGCCCUGUGCUUUCCCCUUGCUACGCUGACUUCUCCCCCUCCCUGCUGCCGUCUCACCACCAUCAGCCCAUCCCCACCCCCAGCCCCCCUCCCCACCUUCCCUCUCCCCUUCCCCCCACUCCCCCCCCUCCCUCUCUCCCUCUCCAUCUCUUUCUCUCUCUCUCUCUCUCUCUCUCUCUCUCUCUCUCUCUCUCUCUCUCUCUCUCUCUCUCUCUCUCUCUCUCUCUCUUUCCCCUCCCCCCCCACCCCCCACCCACAUCCUCCCAUUCUUCCCCUCCCUGCCCCUGUUCCACCCCCUCGCACGCCCCCCACCUCCCACCUCCGUGCAACUUGUUUCCCCUCUGUGGUGCUUCCCUUGCAUCGCUCGCCCCUCUGCUCACCCGCUGCCCGCCCCUUUCCCUUGCCCUCAGCUGGCCCAGCCCCUGCCCGUUGCUGCCCCUCCCCUUGCCCCCUUAACUCCCCUGCCCCCCAUACACCCCACUCCCAUCGAACCGCCCCCGCCCUCCCCCGGCUGCCCUAUUUCGCUCUCCACCCCCCCGACUGUCGUACCCCCUCUACCCCCCCACUUGUCUUCCUUGCGCUGCCCACCCCCACUCUGCCCCCCACCUUUGUACGAGCCGUGCACCCCCUUCCAGUCGCCAUUUCCCCCUCACCUGUAUCCAGCGUGGGCAUCACCCCGGCAUCCCUUUCCCCCUGUCCUCCCAGCGAUCCACCUGUCCCUCCUUGGCACCAGACAGCUUUUCCCAUCGCGCCUCCUUCCGGUGCCCUCUCUGCCCUCCCGAUUUCAAACCUCUCGCCCCUCAACCCCUUCAUCACCCGCCACAAGGCUCACGCCAGCUUGACCACUUGUUUCCUUGCCAACUACCCUUCGCCCCUCCCCCUCGGCCCUCCCCCCUUCCCUCCCUCCUGGGCCUCACCUACCCACCCUCACCUCCCGUUGACUUCUGUUCCGGCCCCCCUCCUUCGGUUGCACCACCCUUCCCCACACCCUGCUCAUCCCCCGCUACAUCACCUCCGCUUCCCCACCUCCCCUGCACCCUGCCACCACUCCCCCCCCCUUCUGUCCUCCAGCCCGUCCCCCCCUUGGUCCCCCAUCCUCUCCAACAGUCUGUCCCCACCCUCUUCCCUUCUUUCCAAGCUACCCCCCCUUAGCUUGGCUUCUGCCGGGGAUUACCUACCCCCUGUGAAGCCCUUUUCAGCCCCUUCCAGCCACCGACACCGCCACCACAAGGCAUGCUGCCUCUGUGACAAUGCCCCAGCUCCCCGCGAGUGGGGGAAAGGCAGACCCGGGAGCCCCUCGGCGAUCUGGGAGGGCCCACAGCCGAGCCACCCCGUAUGCACCCACUCCCUCCACUUCAACAGUCCGGAAGAAACAACCCACACCUGA